AUGAAGUUAGUCAUUCCGGAAGACAAACUGCAGUCGCCAUAUGGAUUAUCACGAAUAUAUCGAAAAUAUAUGCCUGAUAUAUCGCGAGAAAUCUAUGUGAUGGAAGCGUUACCGUUGAAUCCCGGGACGUUAAGUAACUUUCAUAAGGAUUGUUUAGCUUGUAUUGGGAAUAGCUUUACAGGGAUACAGUUUGCAGUCAACAAGUUUAUUCCAUCAACCAGUGUAAAGUUGAACAAUAAAAUAAAAAUAGGAACAGCACAAGUAGAUGGUGAACUAGUCACAAAGUAUAUUACGACAAGACAAACACGAUUCGGUGAGCACAGCCUUCUUGUAGAGGCGGUCACCAAUUUUAUUGUUCCAUGGCCCUCGAUAAGUAUUUCACAAGCUGUGGACGAUUUCUUAUAUAUGUCGAUAGCAUACUCUGCUCGAGAUAAUGAGCCAAAAACUGAUGCAGAGCUCGAGUACUAUGGUCGUAUAGGAACUAUGGCCUUCAAAUGUACCGGUUGGUCAUCCGGUUCGGAUUUAGUUUGUUCGACCAGUUAUUUGAGAAGUAUUACGCAAAAGCUAGCGCUUGGUUCACAAUUAACGCUUCGUCAUUUUGCGCUACCGCAACCCAAUCAAAAAUCGUCUGAUAUCACCUACUAUGCACGAUACAGAGGUUCGGCAUACACAGCAUGUCUUGAUUUCUGUAAAAGUAGUGGAUAUCAUUUCUCGUAUUUCCGGAAUAUUAACAAAUACUCAGCAUGCGCAAUCGACAUAGUAGGUUCGACGAAAGUGCCGAAAUAUGGACUGGUCACUACUGCACAUUUGACGAGCGAUGGAGCAAUUACCGGUGUUUUCAAGAAACGAUUCUCUGGAGAUUUUCCCAUCUCAAUAAUGAUAUCUGGAUUUUACAAUUUCUUUGCUGGUGAAUGCGGUUUUGGGAUUGGUCUGAUAUUUUAA